UUGAAGUGCGAAAAAGCUAGGGCUAGGCUAAAAGUGAUGGGGACCCAAACUCAAAAUUCGUUUUUUAUUACUCGAUUGCGCCUAAGUUUCAAGGCAGCUGCCAGCGUCAUGCUUUUGGCGACGCUUUCGCAUAUGGUUUUUACUCAGAAUCUUUACACGUCUUCAUUGGACGAGACCAGGAACGCGUUGAUGUCUUUUUCAUCUGGUGUUAGUUCUUCCCUUCCGACGUCAAUUCCGAAAAUCUACGCUUCAGUCCACGCCGCUAGGCGGUCAUCUUCAUGGGGUCGCCGCCGCCGAAGGUCAACUUAUCGUCGGCUACGACCUCCACCUCCACCUCCACCUCCACCUCCACCUCCACCUGCAAAGCGAACCACGCCAUCCAAUAAGUUCUUGGAAGCAGUUGAUCAAAUUGAACGGGCUGUUUAUGAGGCGCAGGCAGCUGGUUCACGAAAUCAUCACAGUAGUAGGCGACUGGCAAAGAUAAAAUCAAUUAUCAAGUUGGCGACCGAGAAACGCAACUACAUCUUCGCACGCAAGUCCCUUGGCCAUGGUUUGUACACGGUGAUAGAACUGAACAAGAAAAAAGGUCGAAAGCGGCGAUCUUCAACUAACGCGGUGAAAAAUUUUAUGAAAUCCAUCGAAAAAGAGCUUGGAAAUUCGGAAUUCCAAAGAUUUUUGAGUGUCCAUGGCGAGGUUACGUUGAUGUUUGCCAUUGAUGAUACUGGAAGCAUGAGUGAUGAAAUUCAGGCGGCUAAGGACAUCGCAAAAUCAAUUGUAAAUCAUAAAAGAGAUGAACCAGUGGACUUUAUUCUCUCUGCAUUCAACGAUCCUGGAACCGGACCAGUGAUUUACAAAAGCGCCACUGAGAAGAACCAGUUUAUCAGCGCCAUUGAUGCUCUUCGCGCUCAUAGUGGCGGAGACUGUCCUGAGCGGACCUUUAAAGGCAUCCUUGACGCUAUGCUUGAAAAUCCAAAUUACGGGUCUCCCCUAUAUGUCUUCACUGACGCAUCAGCACUUGACAAAGACAAGAGCGAAAACUUCGCGGAAAUCCAAGAACUUGUUGGAGGGAUGGGUAUCACGAUAAAUUUCUUUACUACGGGCAACUUGUGCGGCAAAUCCUCAUAUGGACCAUUUGAGGAGUUAGCAUGUGAAACUGGUGGUCAAAUGCUAAAACUAUCAAGUGCCAAUGAACUUAGGAAAUUGUCUAGUAGCGUUGGAGCCGCACUUGGAGGAACAACUUGCAUUGCAAAAGGAAACAGUAAAAGUCCAAGUGGAAAAAGGCGCCGAAGUCCAAGGGGCUCUUCUUACACAUAUCAUAUCCCUAUCGACGAUUCCGUUGAAAGUAUCAUAAUUUCAGUCUCAACCGAAAGAAAUCGUCCGAGCAUUUAUGUAAGGGACGCAAGAGGGGCACUCGUCAACUCAGGCAAGAUAUCUUUGUCCAGGGGAGCUAUCUAUGAAAUCCACAACCCCAGGCCAGGAACGUGGAAACUGACAGUGGUAGGAGGCGGAAAACAUACUUACCAGAUCAAAGGCUUGAGUAAAACGAAUGUUGACUUUGAGUACUUCUUUGUGAUGAUUCCAACUACUGGUAGCAACAAGCCAAUACCAGUUUCACAUCCCUUACUAGGAAAGAAAGCUGUGGUGAUCAUCACGAUUGCUGGGGUGAACAAGAUCAACGAAAAGUCAUUAAGCGUAGAUUUAAUGAGCCAAGAUGGGAAACGCUUACACACAGCCACUGCUAAACCUCAUGGGACAAAAGGCGUCCAUUUUUCAGCUUCAUUCAUCCCUCCUACCGUAGCAUUUAUGCUAAAAGUGAAAGGAAAGACCAAAACCGGACGUGCCUUUGAAAGGUAUGGGCGUAACACGGUGUAUCCCAGCUAUGCGUUGAUCAGAGUUCAAUACGCAAGGAACGAGUAUACAGUACCGGCCGGAGGAAGUGGGUUCGUGAUGUUUGUGGCCUACAACAAUGGACGAACAGAGAGUUUUGCCAUCAGCGUCAAAGAUCACCUAAAAUUUGCAGUUCCCCUUCGCCGCUCUACCAUCACUGUUCACAAGGACAGGAAAAGGUUCUUCUCUGUCAGAUUCAAGGCACCAAGAUCAGCUACCCGUGGUGCUCAAAAUGAUGUGCUGGUGACCAUCACAGGACGUACCUCAAAAACGACCGCUGGACAUGCUGUCAGGCUGAUGGUGGUCUAACUACUACUCCUUGGGCAGGACCGGAAAAUUGGACUAGUUCAGACUUAAAUAAGGUUUUUUCUUUUUUAGUAGUUCGCUUUGGUGGUGGAAUAUGUUGCCUUUAUUAUAUACCUGGGAAGUUUGUCGUCUUUAAAAUUGAAGCAGAGAGAGUAUAUUAUUAUCUUAUGAAUCCUCCGAAGGAAAAGUGAGAUUUUCGCAAAAGGCGAUCAAAUCGCCCGAAAUUUUACAAGAAGUUGUGUCUCAGUCGAAAGAAUUUAUGGCUAUUGUGGUUUUAAUUUCAUUUGGGUUAUAGAAGCUUUGAAAACAAUGGGUGUUAAGGUUUAUUUUUUGGCUGCGUUUAAGAACUUUAAAUCACCGGUCUUGAAUAAAAUUAUGAAAAAAAACUUA